AAGAUAAAAUGAGAUCUUCAAUUACAGUCAUCGUUUACAUCAUUCUUAAUUUUCAGGUCACAAGAACAUUAUCGACUUCCUGUCAACAAAAUAUGAAAGUAGCAUCAUGUCCUAAAUCUAUUAAGGCAUGGAGAGAGAGGGAACAUUUAAAAGGAUGUUAUGUGCCUCAAAAUACCUGUGCUGCAUUGGAAGUUCAAAUUUAACGUUCGUUUAUCACUGCUUGCCAAACGAGUUUUUGAAUGCAACGUACGUAGUCUGCAUGCCUGCAACAUAUAUACUAGGUAAAAGAUGUGCUGAAUAUAACGUUCAUGGUAGAGUCAUUCAGUCCAGUUUGGAAAACCAUUGUGAAACCUGUCCUGUUAGAUACAUAUCAACGGAUAUAUAUAAAUAUCAGAGUUGCUAUGAUAAAGUGACAAGCAGCUCUAAAGAAGUUUCCACAGACAAGAUCGACAAUCAAAACAGAUGCAUGAUCGACAAUAAUCGUUGGAACAUGGUAUUUGCUUUAUUGGCAAUAUUAGCUGUUUUCGUUUUUGUGAUUGCUAUUGGAGUUGUUUUUAUUAUUAUCAGGUUGAAAUUAUUCUCGUCUCGCAAACAAGUAUCUGGCGAGUCGUUGUUGAUAUCCUGUAGGAACUCAAAAGAUAAUUUAUAAAAGAUGUUUAUCCCUUAAAUACUAGUGAUCGUUAUAUCUGCCUUAAGAUUUUACUUAUACUCAAAUUAAUGACGUCAUUAUACCUAAUGAUGUAACUAUGAAAUGUAUGUUGUUGACUUUUAUGCAUUUGUACAAAAUCAAAUCUGAUGUGAAAAACUCACUACGA